AAAGUGCGACACCUGUAGCUGGAAUGCCUGAAGCUGAAGGUGCUCCAUUCGGAACUGAGCGGCCUGUUGAAGAGGGAGAGGCUCCUGAAGCUGGAAUGCCUGAAGCUGAAGGUGCUCCAUUCGGAACUGAGCGUCCUAUUGAAAAGGGAGUUGCUCCUGACUCUGGAUUAACUGAAGGUGAAGGCGAGCGAUUCGAGAAUGAGUUGCCUGCAGCAGAAGGAGCAACUCCUCAAGCCGGAAAAUCAGAGGCCAAAGCAGCCGAAGCCGAAAAACCUGCAGCCGGAAAAGGCGAAACAGAAGGAGGGACGCCCGUAACUGAACAAUCAGGUCCAGAGGGUUGGCGUCGCGGGGCAGGGGAACCAGAGGAUGAAGGUGCUGCAUCCGGAAUGGCUCGAAAGAGGGCACAGGAACUCGAAGGUGAGAUGAUUGCAGCCGGGAAGGGCGGAAGAGAAGGCGAGACGCCUGCUACUGAAGAGCCUGAUUCAGAAGGUUUGCGUCAUGGAGCCGGAAAACUUGAAGAUGAAGGUGCUGCAUCUGGAAUGGCUCGAAAGAGGACACAGGAA